CCAGAGCAGGCUUUCCAAACGGCAGACACCCAGAGUGAGCGGAAGUGGCGGCUGCAGCGGAGGACCCCGGAGACAUGGGGUGCACGCGCGAUGCCAUCCUGGAUGCGCUAGAGAACCUGACCGCAGACGAGUUCAAAAAGUUCAAGAUGAAGCUGCUUUCAGUGCCGCUGCGGGAAGGCUUUGGACGCAUCCCCCGGGGGACCCUGCUGCCCCUGGACGCCGUGGACCUCACCGACAAGCUCGUCAGUUACUACCUGGAGGCUUACGGCGCCGAACUUACGGCGCUUGUGCUUCGCGACAUGGGCAUGCAGGAGGUGGCAGAGCAGCUGCAGGAGGCCAUGAGCAAGGGCCCUAGAAACGUGCCAGCUGAGGUCAGGGCCCCUCUCCAGAAGACAGCCAAGCCAGGACUACACUUUGUGGACCAGCAUCGGGCAGCCCUCAUUGCACGGGUCACAGUCGUGGAUGGGGUGCUGGAUGCCCUGUACGGGAAGAUCCUGACAGAGGAUCAGUACCAGGCAGUGCGGGCGGAGCGCACCAGUUCGGACAAGAUGAGGAAGCUCUUCAGCUUUGCUCCAGCCUGGAACCUGGCCUGCAAGGAUCUGCUCCUCCAGGCCCUGAGGGACAACCACCCCUACCUGGUGGACGACCUGGAGCAGAGCUAAGGCGCCUUCUCCAGCAAUGGCUCCCACAUACCACCCCUGGCUGUUCCAGCCAACUUAUCUGGAGUCUCUGAUUUUCUCAUACACAAUACAUGAAAAUCCCACUUGUA